AUGAGCGUUGACGAUCUCUCUAGAAAACACACGGGCUCUCUGCAUCAUGUAAAAAGUCAGCUAUUACAACGCCGGCUGGAACUCAACUUUUAUUUGGCAAAAGCUUCUAAUAUUGUACAUGGCUUGCAAACAGAUAUACUACGAACGGCCUGUCUGGAAGCUACAAACCAUGUAAACAAAUUAUUGAUGCAUCAAAAUGAAGACCUUAAAAACGAUGAGAAUGCGAAAAGAGUCAGUGAACUCAAGGAAAUCAAUGACUCUUUAGUUGCUGAUAUUUCUCAACUUAAAACUAGGAUCUCCUCUUUGGAGUCAGACAUAUCACAAAAUAUAGAAGAUAUGACUAUAUUGCGUAAACAACAUACUGAACAUUUUAACCAGGAAGCUUUUCCCGAAAAGGAAGCUCAUUUUGAACACACCGAGGGCAAAGCUUCAAACCUGUCGCCAGACAAAACUAGCCUGUCAUCAUCGAAUACGGACCAAAUUACUCGUCUGCAUCGUACAAUUACAGACCUAAAAAAGACUGUUAAAGAUAAAGAUUCUGAUUUAAAUAAGCUCCAUAGCGCCGUCUCAGCCAAAGAAUCAGAGUUAGAUAGAUGGAAAAUCAAACUGGAAACAGAAGAGUCUAAUUGGAAAGUUCGGCUGCAAGUUUUGGAAUCAAAGGUAGCAACGCAGGGUAAGAAACUCAGAAAAAACGAAGGAAAAGGGAGGAAAAGCACGGUUAGUACUCUUGGUCUUACUUCUCCUGUAGAAUCUCCGUUAAGUCCCGCCUCAAAAAAUCUCCCAAAAAAAUCACCUCUUCGUGUCACACCUUACCUUCAAAGAACAUCAGCCAUUAUAGGGAUAUCAUCUAGCUCUUCUCAUGCUUCACCUACUGCCAGAUCCGGUACAACUACCCAGACUCCUGCGAAGGAACUUUCCUUGACUGAAAGUGCGAAAAAGGUGACAGAACAUGAUAACAUGGAUAGUGGAAAUGCGAUAGAGCAUCCAGCAUCUCCACAGCGACUAUCUUCUCUUACUCCUUCCAAAAUACCUCUGCCCGUUAGGAAAAAAAGAAAGUUCGAGACGGAUACAGCGAAAUUUGAAGAACCUGAAGAAUCUGAUACGAGUAUGACAAUGGAGGUUCCACUUCAGACAAAGGUUACUUUGCCUCGAACAAUUAGUCCGCCAAAAGCAAGAUCGGAAACGCUUGUUGCUCUAAAGGACAAGUUUAAGAUAAAAAAAGGUGUUUAA